CGACAAAAAAGGGUGGGGUCUUCGGAAGGUUGUGGUUGCUAUGGAUACCAAAUGACUCACCCGUUUCUCCAAAGCUUCUCGGAAAACAAUUACAUUCCUCUAAUUUGUGCCUCAAAAUGGACGAAAUUGAGAGUUUAAAUGUCAGGUGGAUUCAAGGCUUUACAAACAAGAAAAUUGAGUUUGUAAAUAAUGAAAUGAUAUGUUACACGUGUGGACACCAUAUUUGUUUCCUGAACUUAAAAACAAAAAAGCGGCAUUUAUUGCAGAGUCCAGGUAGAGGGAUUUCCGCUCUGACAGCUGAUGGCAGCAGCAGCAUUUUCGCUUUCUCUGAACAAAAACUAUCCCCGUCCAUAUUUGUGUACAAAUUCCCUGAACUUGCAUUAAAGAAUGAAUUAAAAGGAACGGCCAAACUGAAGUACACAUGCCUCACAUUAAGUGAUAGUGGGCCUUUUCUGGGUUGUUGCUCCUCUUUACCUGACUACACCUUGACAGUUUGGAACUGGGAAAAAGCUGAGCCCAUAUGUAAACAAGCAGGAGUCGGACGGGACAUUAUUUCCUUGGUGUUCAAUCCCUGGAAUUGGCUUCAGCUUUGCGCUUUAAGCUCUACAUCAGUCAUUGUCUGGCACAUUGAGAAGAGUGACUCCAUUACAGCUCUAAAACCAAGGGUUGUAAAGCUUCCUGAAACUGAUGGUUCCUUUGCUGAAAGACCUUCAUACGCUUCUUAUACUGUCCAACAUCGAACUACUGAGACAACACUCCUAACCAGCUCCACGGUAACUCCCUCUGCCGUCUGUUGGACGCCCACAUCAGAAAUCUAUGUGGGCUGUGUCGAGGGCUUUCUGCUCCACGUUGACCCGGAAAAUCUCUCCGUCUCUAUCCUUUACAACCCCAAAGUUGGUGAUGCUGUUCCUGAACUCACAAAGUUCAGUUUCCAAGGUUUGACCCUUUCUAAGAACGGGGUCAUCGCCUUAGGAAAGAACACUGAGGUGUAUUCCCUGGAGGUCGGAGGUCAGGUCAGCAUCACACGAACAUGGCAGCUGGAGAAACCUGUGGAUGCCGUGAAGCUCUCCCCUGACAAUAACACAGUACUUCUAACUUCUAACACGGGAGAAAUCUAUGCAUUCAAUCCAGAGCAGUCAGAAGAGAUCGUCAAGGUCCUGGAUAUCUUCAGUGGCAACUUUCUGGCAGCUGAGUUUUUGAACACUGACAGAAAUAUUUGCGUGUCACUGAAGGACUCUGGAGAGCUGCAGCUGUGGUCCUCAGAGGGCUCCUGCCUUGGGUCUUUGUCUCUCCAAGCUGAGGUGACAAGUCUGGCCUGCUGUCCUGCUGCACAUUACGCCGCCGUAGGAACAGCUGCUGGAAGCGUCCUCUUUGUUGACUUGAACGUGUAUGAGAAGCCUCGUGUUGUUCACCAGGUUCAGCUCUACCACACUGCUGUGCUUCAUGUUGUUUUUGAUCAAGAAGGACAUUACCUUCUCACCAGCGGCUCAGAUUCACACAUUUAUGUUCUGGAGGCAAAGCCGUCACUGCGGUUCUCAGUUAUCGGUUACACAGUUGUUUGUGGACGCAUCUUGUCGCUGUCCACACAGUGUCUCAAAGAAGAAGUGCGGGUGCUUGUUCUGUGUGUUGGACUGGAGGACAACGAUGGUGGUGGGAGUCUGCUUACAGCAUUCUCCUUGCCUUCCAGGGGUCUUGCAGGUUCAGAUUAUGUGGACCGUCAUGGCCGUCUGUCUGCUCUCAGAGGGCUCACAUAUGAAGUUCCACAUCCACUUCACUCCUGCUCUCUUGGAGUCAAUGAGGCGUUUGCUUACUGCAACACCAAGAAAACUAUUCAGAGAUUUCACCUCAUCAAGGACACAAAGAGCAUCUCCAGUGAGAAGAUUAAGAUAAAACCAGUGCAGGAAGUUGAGGGCCAUCCACUAGGCCCCGCCUCUCUGCUCUUGUCCCCUGACUGCAUAUGGUUGGCCUCCGUCGGCCAAGAUGGGUUGCUUUAUGUCAGACAAACGGCCUCCAUGGAGAACAUCACAAAGCUGCAGUGUCACUUGUGCAACGCCGGUGGAAUCCAGAGAGUGUCCUUCUCCACAGACGGCCUGACGCUCCUCACUACAGGUUUCAGGGAUGACUGUCUGGUGUGCACAGAACUCAGAACUAGAGGUUUGGAUACAAAAAGGCAGUCCACUUGUCAGUCCUUGAAGAAGACGUUGAGCAUUGAAAACCCCAUCCUUAUGAAACUUACAGCAUGUGAUCAAGAGGCUCCAUGGUUAACCCAUGAGGUCAGAGGUGAAACGUCUGAUGUGAGUAAACAGGACGAAGGUGAAAGCUGCCACAAAUCUCCAUCUUCACCGCCUACCUGGUUGGAAAACAGGCAAAAGGAAGUUAUACAAGAAGACAAUGAGAAGUACUAUUUUGAAAAGAAAAAAUUAAAGGAAACUGUCAAACAGUUGAGUGACACUAUCCAGAAGUUGAUUGUUGAAAACGAGAGUUUGCCAGAGGAAGAGUUCAGCUUGACUGUGAAAGAGCAGAGGAGACUUGACACCAUGGUGGAGCAGGAAGUCGCUCUGGUGAGAGCUGGGAUUGAGCAGGAUAUUGUGGAGAAAUCCUACCUGUAUGACGUCUUAAAGAGGGAAUGCUGGGAUUCCAUGAUGAUCAAACGCACGGCUAUCAAGGCCUUUUAUUCCGAGCUGGCAGUGCAGAACUUCCCUCUGAAGGAGCGAACAGCUGAAGAGUUGGAGGACCUCCGCAGAGUUCAGAACAUGAGGAAGAUUGAAAAAGCUGCCAGCUCUAUUAGCGGUUUCGCAGAGCAGGAGGAUGAAAAGGCCCCAAGUUGCGCUCUGACGGGAAGCUUCUCGACUCAGAUGGGGUUUUCAAACCCUCACCUCUAUGAUCAGUUCAGCCUGCAAAGCACGGAGCAGAGAAUCAGCCAGAUCAUUCUGUUGCAGGAUGUGAUUUAUGGCAUCAAGACUGCUUUCAACGCUGAAUUUGCAGCCCUGCAGAGGCAAAAGGUGCUGGAGCUUCAGCGCGUCAGGGACAACAACGCAUGUAUCAGGGAGAUCAUGCUGAAGCUGGACAUGAACCAGGAGCUGUGGGAGCCCUGCCUGACCGACGCCGAGCAGCCAGAAAACGUGCUCACCGUGGAUGACUCUGAGAUAAAAGCAGAGAUGUUCUUCACCCCAGAGAACAAAGAGGAGGAGGAGAGGUGGACCCCGGGGGAGGGGAAUCAUUCCGAAGAACAAGUUGAUGAUGGCAGGAAACAAGCAAUUGAUGAGAUCAUAGGAGUUUUUGAAGUAAAACAAGUGGACAUCUUAAAAACGGAAAUCCUCCCUCCUGAGUUUGUUUUGACCAAAGCUGAUGCUCAGCUGAGUGAGGAGGAGAAAAAGGCUUAUGAAGAAUAUGAGAAGAACCUGAAAGACCUUAACCAGAAGAAGGAGAAGUACAGGAAUUCUUUGGAAAGUGAAAUGAGAAAACUGAUGAAAUCCACUAAAGAUGGAACAGAAGGCUUCGAUGAAGCUCUGUUUAAGCUGUUGAAGAAGAAGGUCAAAUGCACAAUAGCUAUAAAUCAGGAAGAACUCAAGAUAACCUACCUCGUUGAUUCAGUGCUAGAGGACGAAGACAUGAGGAAUCGAGAGCUGCAGCUCAAGAGUAAACUGGAGGAGAUCUUGGCUCAAAAGGUUGGAACUGGGGAGGAGGUGAAAACGCACCAGGACGAAGUGCAGCGGUUUCAGGAGAUGUAUGACAGCAUUGUGGCCGAGGACAAAGAACUUGACAAAAACUUCAGGAAGGACUUUCUUAAUGUUCCAAACACUCUGGUCGAUCAGCUCUACAAACUGUUCAAACGUAGGCCCAGGGGCCAAAAAAUAAAGACUCCGAGCCAAACUCCUGAUGCCCUCAACCAAAUACUCAAAGCCAUGGACGAACUUGAUGAUCCAGACAAAAUGCCAUUUAGCUUAAACCCGUCUGUGUGGCAGAAGUUUUGUCUUGUUCGCAGAAGCAAAAUAGAGAGUGAGCAAAAGGUCAUAACCCACGCUUUGACUCUAGCCGAGAUGCAGGCUUUCCUGCAAAGGCGGAGAGACGAGGACAACGCUUUCCAAGAGGAAAUAAACAACCUCUCUGAAGCGAUCGAGAACCUACGUAGGAAGAGGAACUGUCACCUGAUGGACUCCACGGUCCAGAUAAUCCUGAAGCAGGGACAGGUGGAGCCUCCCACCACAGAGCUGACCGCUGACCCUGCAGACACUCACUUACUUCUGUACCACAAGAACAAGCCGGAAAACCUCCGGAGAAUCAUCAGGACCCUUGCAGAGCAGAAGAUAGCAGUCAUGGAACAGAGGAAAGGAGUCCAUAAGAGGAUCAUACAGCUGGAGUGGGAGCACAAGGUGGUCAAAAAGAAGAUCGAGGACGUCAGCGACAAAUCCAGGGAUGUCAAGAUGCUGCGACUCACCGAAGAACAGCAGGACAUGACUCGUUACAGCAAGUCCGAACAAGGCACUCGCAUCGCUCAAAAAGCAUCCAUGUUGGAAAAAAACAUGGCUUCCAUGACUGAGGCUCAGCAACAGUCCAUCCGGCAGUGCACGAAGGAAAUCAAACAGAUUAGUAAACAAACUGAUGUGAAAAACAAAGAGACUUCUACUCUGGAGCUGAAGCUUCCUGACAUACGAGUGGAUGUGGCGCAGCUGAGACACGUCUGCGAAGCUGCAGGUCCUGAACAUGAGCGAGCAAAAGCAAAAGAGCGGCACCUGGAGCUUGCUGUGAAAAGCAACUUGAAGGCUCUUGUCAAAGCACAAGCAGAGGAACUGACCGCCCUUUUUGCGGAAGUUGAACGUCUAACGAAGAAGAACUUCACCUCAGUCUAUCAGCUGAAAUACAGCUGAGUGAAAUGUUUUUUUUGAACAUUUACUUUAAAGACUGAUCUAAACAUGAAAUGUCUUUUGCUGUGAACAACCUGCGACAACAAAUAAAGUGAAAUUGCAGAUGAAA